AUGAAGAUCGACAAGGUUAUCCGUCAGAUCGAUUCAAACAACAUCAAAGACUUUAAGAGGAGAGAGGCUUGUAUGUUGAAGAAGUUGUCACCAGAGGUCAAGAUACUGGAUAUCAAUCACAAGAGUGGUCCUAUCAAGUACAACCUCUAUUACUUUGACCCAAUAGACUACAUUGGAUUGUUCUUGGAUAGGUUCUUUGAUCACAUGGUCUGGCGAUACACUGAGCCUUCAGGUGACAAUAGCGUAAUAUACAGUACCUUUAUCAACUCUGGACUAUUCAAAAAGUACAAUCAUAUCGAUGUCAUUGCGAUCGAACUCUUUAUUGAUGGUUGGGAGUCUGGAAACCACUCUACACUUGUUGGAGUGUAUAUGACUAUACUCAACCUCCAUCCUGCCAUCGAGAAAUACUUUGUAAAGAACAGAGUAUUGGUGGCUUUGAUACCCAAGGUAGUUGACAAGCACAUGGCCAUGCACAUGAUCCUCGAGAGCUUGAGAAACACACAACAAACUGGCAUCCAACAUAGUGGCAAGGUUCUUUAUCCUCGUCUGAUGAGGAUAGUAGCAGACUCACCAGAGGCAUACUCACUGUUGUGUUUCAACUCAUACACCAGUUCCAGUCCUUGCCGAUUUUGUGAAUUACCUUUGGCAAUGAUAGUAUCGACCGAACCAUCUUACCACCCUCGUGAGUGGAGCAAGGUUAUCGAUUACCACAAUGAUUACUCUGAUGCACUGCAGCAUGGCACCCUCGAUUCGAGAACACAAGAGUUCAAGACUCGUUGCGAGAAGCUUGCCAUCCAUUAUCAACAUCCUUAUAUCGACCCUGUCGUUCAAAUACCCCUAGAGAUGAUGCAUGUUGAAACACUGGGCAAUAUGAAGCGUGAGCUCAUCAUGGUGUUUGGUGGACUAGACACGCAACAGUGGGUGAAAGUACAUCGGAGGUAUAGCUUGCUCAAAGGAUCACUACGUUUGGCCUAUCUUGAAAGUUUCGUCGCCAGAGAGAUCACUCAAUUGUCCAUGUGUAGUCUCUAUCUCCUCCGUGAUCUUAUAUCUGAAGAACAAUACAACUGUUUAAAGACACACACAAGAUACUACUUCAUGCUCCACCAGGAUAGACUCGGUGACUACAAAGAAUUUCUUGAACUCUGUCAUCAAAAGGAAGAUCUCCGAGUUUGA